AUACUCAUUUGUACAUGCAAACCAGUGGUAAGAUGCCUUCAGUCCCAGCUGGUGAUCAGGGUGGGUUUGUCCCAGCUACUGAUGUGAUGACUGAGAUGAUAAGGGUUGGUGCUAGUGCAGCAGCUAACGCUGAUGAUGCUACUGCAUCUUGUGCCGGUGCUGCUCCAGCAGCAGCUGGUCUUGUUGCUGCUGUUCCCGGGGGUCCUAGGGCAAUGAGGUGGAACAACAACACCUCUGGAUUUAUUCUUAGGAGGAUGGCUCAACUUCUUAGUGAUGGUAGCAGGCCUGACAAGGUCUUCAAGGACAAGGAUGUCAACUCUGUGGCCAAAGCCCUUAAGGAGUACAGUGGGGAGGCAGUGAGCCCAACUCAGGUGUAUAACCACUUGAGGGAAUGGAGGCAAAAAUGGUCUAGGGUGUCUAAGCUCAAAGACCUUAGUGGGGCUUUAUGGGAUAGUGACUCCAAUGCUAUCUUGCUUGAUCAGGAGCACUACCUUGGCCACUGCAAGGACCAUCCAAAAGAUGCAGAGUUCCUAAACUGCCCUAUUAGGUUCUACACUGAGAUGGAGGCCAUUUUUGGCCAUGCUAUGGCCACUGGCAAAUUUGCACUUGGUUCUGGUGAAGCCUUAGGACAGAACCAGGUUGAUAGUGUUGCUGCCAAGGUUGAGGGACCUGCCUUCACCUAUAUCUCUGAAGAGAGAGCACAAACUGAUGUUGGAGAGGGUAGCAAGGCCACCGAGAUCCCCUCCAUAGCUGUGGGUAGGAAGAGGAAGAGAGGGAACUUCAGUGAGGAUGAGAUGCUUAUGUUGACCAAUAUGUCUGAUGCAGUGAACAAUGUGGCUAAUGCCCUUAGAGAGACUGGACCUGCCCAUGUGGAUGGUAACCUCUACCUAGCUGUGAUGGAGAUGCCUGGCUAUUCUGAGGAGGCACUGAUUGUUGCCUACACCUUCCUCCUGGACAACAAGGCUCAAGGCAGGGGCUUUGUUCACAUGACUGAGGCACAUAGAAACAUUUGGCUUAGGACCUUCCUAGCCAAGAACUACUACAUGUAGGUGAAUUACAUGUUGGUGUGCACCACCACCCACUCUCUCUUCCUGCCCACUCUCUCUUUUGACUACAACUAGGAAUAAUUUGUUGUAGACAUUUUGGUGUGCAGUCUGGUUUACUCCCACCAGUCCUUUUGUCUAAUUUACCUAGGAGGGUGGCUAACAAUAGGUAACAUUUGGGUGGACACCAUUUGAACCCUAAGCUAUUGGGCUCAAACUUAUUGUAAGACACUAUUUGUAUUCUUACUAUGAUUGAAGUUUUUACUAUGAUUGAAGUUUUUACUGUAAGGCUCAAACAUUUCAUACUAUGAUUGAAGUUUUUACUUGGCCAAUGAUGCUAUAUACACUAAUCUGAGGAGCAUUUGCAUUGGAUGUGUUGUAGUGCAGCUGAGGCCCGUGUUUACUUGUGCUUUCCUUUAUGCCUAUGAUGACAUAAUUGCCAUGGAACCAUGUUGUCAUUAUUGCCCGUGUUAAUGUGGAUGAUCUUUAAAUUGUGAGGUACUGGGCAUAUGCUCAAAAUUAUGUUGUUUCCACCAUGUUGUGAUUAUUGCCAUGGAACCAUGGGGCACAUCCAUGCCCAAUGCAACUGUUAUCCACCAUAGAUGACUUGAUGGCUGGGUUGGAUGAAUAUCAUGGUUUCAUGGCUGCCCAGCUAUGUUCCUUAUGCUCCAAGUUAAAAGAUCACAUGAAAAUGGCAAUUAUAUCUGAGGAAAAUCAUUGCUAUUGUCAAUCUUGCCUGGCUUCUUUGAUGGAUAUGUUGCAGAUGGAUGUCCAACUACCUGUUGCAGAUGGAUAUGUUAUUCUGAGGAAGAUCACAUGAAAAUAGAGAUGGCUUCUUUGAUAGUAACUUGUAGCCAGCAAUGACAAUAAUUGAUGAAGUUAAGUUAAAUUUGUCUGAGGCUAACUCAGUUGAUGCUUGUAUUGUUCAAUUGACAUAUGUUGUUCUAAUCCUCUAUUUUCUGUCA